AAUUGAGUGUUGAUUAAAACAAUAUUAACGAGUAAUUUAUUGUUUUAUUCAAACCUUUCAUAUGGAUUGUUCUUAAAGAAUCAUCGAUGAAAUAAAGAAAAAAACGAUCGUGACUCCAAAAUACCCCAACUUGGCUCUCUCUCGAUAGUGUAUCUGUAUCUUUUAUAACCGGUUGCACAAUAAUUUUACCUGUAUUGUAUCUGUGGUUGGUGGAUAUAAAGACUAUGAAAUAUCUCUCCAAACACAGGUAAAACCGAAAAGUAUUAUAUUCACUAAUACACAAGGCCUUACAGUAUCUAACAGAUACUAGGUACCUACCUAUGUGAUAACGCAAGUUAGAGAGGGAGAGAACAAGUCAACAAAACAAGUGUUCGAUGUGAUACCUAAUUGUUUAAUUUUAACGAAAAAUGUUGUUUUUUUAAUGAUACACAAACAUUGCCCGCAUAUUUUUGCAACGAACAGUUCGAAUCAGCCAUCCAUAAAUUCUGCAGUCUUUUUCUUUUUGUUUUUGAAAGAAAAAACUUGCUACUCUAGUCAAGUGUAACACACGCAGAUACUCUAUCUUACCUUAGUGAAUGUCCACUUGUCCAUCUGUCUUCAAAACAUAAAAUAAUAAAAUAACGGAAAAACAACAACAUAUUUAACAAAGAAAAAGUACCUACAACAGCUUGCAGCAGUUGCAAGUUGCAACAUUUUAACUGAGAAAAAAAAGUAUCUUUACUGUGACUUUUGUAAAAGUAUCUUGUGAAUUUUUUUUAUUCUUGUUUUGAAUGAUUUCUAGCGAUCAAAUAACACGUGAAUGCAUCGCUCUGUAAUUCAAAUUGUGAAGUUGAGAAGUUGUUAAAAGAGUGUUGUUAACUCUCGUCUUACUUUAUAUUCUAUCUAAUAAAAGCUUAAGUGAAUGUGUGAGUUCUUCUAGUGCGAGAGCCUAAAAUAAUAAUAUUCGAAUACUCUGAAUUUCCCCGAGGAGGAGAUAGGCAUAUACCUUCUACCCAUAGGAUCCCCCCAAAACCUAACACACAUUUGUUUUUCGGUUUUGCGUUUGGUGUGUUGCGUGCCAGAGGAGUGAAAACAAAAAAAGUGCGUGUGACAGUUUUUGUAUUUUUGUUAAUUGCUGUUUCUUGUGAGUGUUUUUAAAAAUAGAGUUUGGCAUUAGUGAAGCGCGGAAAAUAAGUCUUUGUAUACCAACAACUACAUAACAAAAAAUUAUAAAAAAUUUAAUCAAAAUCGACCAAACUAAAGCCACAAAAGUUAUAACCAGAAGUAGAACAGCAUCAAACUAACAGACAAGACAAAUAACAUAAUUAUGGCGAAAUUCAAACAGAGGAUUUUUGUGAUUGCAGUUUUGCAUUUAUGCUGUUCAUUUAUAGAUCUUACAAAUUGCGAAAGCCCACCCAAAUUAGAAAUAUAUCCAACAAACGACGUACAAAGAAAACCCGUGGGCAAACCAUUGAUUCUAACAUGUCGGCCGAGGGUGCCAGAUCCAAGUUUGGUGACAGACCUCCAAUGGAAGGACAGUAUGAACAACACUAUUCUACCAAAACCGAACAAUAACUAUUAUCCACUGUAUGAUUCCAAGGGACGUAGAUUACCAGCAGUUGGCCGCAAUCAGCCCCCAAUGUACACGGAAACAUUACCCGGCGAAAGUUUAGCCCUGAUGAUAUCAACUUUAACGCCACAGAUGGAGGGCAAGUACUACUGCACGGCAUCAUAUGCGAAUACGGAAAUUCUGGAAACCAGUGUUGUAAUUAAAACUUACGUAUCUAUUACAUGGACGGAUGCACCAGAAAACCAAUACCCAACUCUGGGUUCUGAUUACAUAGUCAAGUGUGAAGUCAGAGCAGAUCCAAAUCCAACCGUUGACUGGAUGCGAAAUGGGGAUCAGAUCCGGACAAAUGACAAAUAUGUUGUGCAAACAGAUGGUCUGCUAAUCCGAAACGUUCAGGAGUCAGAUGAUGGUAUUUACACAUGUCGUGCAGCUGUUAUUGAAACGGGGGAACUUGUGGAGCGCGUUAUACGUGUCGAAGUUUACAUUAAGCCUGUGAUAACUUUCCUUCCCGUUUCGUUAGAGGCUGUUGAGGGAAAACCUUUUUCGACGAAUUGUACAGCGACCGGAAAACCUGUGCCAGAAAUUUCAUGGAUCAAAGAUUCAACCCAACAGAAUGUUGCCACUGCAGAUCGUUUCAAAGUCAAUCCCCAAACAGGUCUGAUGACAAUCAACCGAGUCUCCCAGGAUGAUUAUGCUACAUACACUUGCAUUGCUAGAAAUGAUGCCGGAGUCACAGAUUCCAAGACCAAACUUAACGUUCUUGUUAGACCGACCGUUUUUGAACUUUAUAACAUUACGGGAGUGGCCAUGAAAGAAGUUGCUCUGACAUGCCGAUCGAAGGGUCGCCCUGCACCUGCUAUCACUUUUAGACGAUGGGGAUCGGAAGAAGAGUACGUACCUGGACCUCAACCGGAUGAUGACCGCGUGGUGCUCGAACAGCACUUUGAUGAUGAACGAGGUGAGUCAUCGGGAACUCUGAGAAUAUCCCAUUCAGUUCGGACUGAUGACGGACUAUAUCAGUGCAUAGCCCGCAACAAGGGAGAUACAGCUUUCAAGACUGGACACAUCACAAUGGAAUUUCCCCCCGAUUUUAGCCACAUGAAAGAUCUGCCACCAACAUUCAGCUGGGAGCAGCGACCAGCCAAUUUGAGCUGUCUGGCAAUGAGCAUCCCCAAUGCCACAAUCGAGUGGCGUUGGAAUGGAAAACAGCUGAAAAACGGAUUUGAUCAGUAUCUGAAGAUUGUAGGAACAGGCCCCCGCAGUGAUCUUAUCGUCACUCCUGUCGCCCGGCAAUAUUACUCUGUGUAUAAGUGCAUCGCAACAAAUGUGCAUGGUAGCAUUGAACACGACAUGCAAUUGAAAGAAGCUAAUGUCCCUGGAAAUGUACAAGCGGCCAUUCCUCGUGGACUGACAGCCACAACUAUCACCUUCGAGAUAACUGGCCCUGCAACGGAAUUGGGUCUCCCUGUGACAGCAUACUCGGUACAGUAUAAGGAGGAAAUCAAUCCAGAUUGGUCAACAGCACAGAAUCGUAGUUGGUCACCGGAUAGUCCGUAUAUUGUGGAAGGGCUGAAGCCCCAAACUGCGUACACAUUUAGGUUUGCAGCAAGAAAUCAAAGAGGAAUCGGGCAAUGGAGUGCUACACGAACUCAAUCAACUCCAAAACGAUCAGCACCUGAGGAACCACGACCAUUGCAUUCGCCCGUACAAAAUGACAAAGAGGAGCCUGUUGUCGUCUCGCCAUAUUCCGAUCACUUUGAGCUUAGAUGGAGCGUCCCUGCUGACAAUGGCGAACCAAUUGAUUUCUAUCAAGUUAAAUAUUGCCCCGGAGUUAAAGUAUCUGGGACAUGGGAAGAACUUGCCAAAGAGUGCCGCUCAAAGGAUGUCAUCGAAUCGACAAGUUUCGAAAUGUCAAGCCUAAGCGGAAACACGUAUUAUCGCAUUGAAUUGAGAGCGCACAAUGCAAUUGGUUUCUCAUCACCGGCCAGUAUCAUCAUGAAAACAACCCGAGGUGUUGAUGUCGUUCAAGUAGCCGAUCGUCAAGUCUUGUCUUCUGCCUCCAUCGUUGGCAUCGUGGUUGGUGGAGUUGUCAUUCUUUUAAUCAUUGUCGAUCUUCUUUGCUGUGUGACAGUUCGAAUGGGUGUCAUUGCAGCAAUGUGUCGAAAAACAAAACGAUCACCAUCGGAAAUUGACGAAGAGACGAAACUAGGAAGUCUUUACGGUUGGCGUUUCCCGCUACCUUAUUGCAGUGGGCAGUUGGUUAAGGAGCCUCCACCAUCACCGUUACCAUUACCGCCACCAGUUAAACUUGGUGGAUCACCAUUGGCAUCACCAUUGGACGAAAAGCAACCCCUUCAUUCGCCACCUGGAAGCAUAAAGAAAGAUUCAUCAUUGGAAUUCGAUGGUAAAUUUGUUCAUUCACGAAGUGGUGAAAUAAUUGGUAAAAAUUCCGCUGUGUGAGCAAUUUAAACGAACCAAAGGAACUCAAUGAACACACAAAUAAAAAUAUACACAAAAUGGCCAAUUCAAACAAAUACUCUCCAGAAUGAAACAAAAAUAAAUACAAAUAUUCGCCGCGCAAUCGGAAAACCUGCGAACUACCUUUUAUAGUAAUUUUGCAUUAAUUUGCACCAUCAUAUAUGGUUUUCCAGUCAAAAUUCAACUUCUGCCGCCAAUCAACAGCAAACAAAUAAAAAUAAUGAAUACAAACAAAAUCACUCAACCUUCAUCACAUUCUUUUCUUCUUUUUUUUUGAAUUUUAUUGUUUAUUUAAAAAUAAUAUUUAUCCAACAUUGAGACAAACACAAAAUAUAAACAAUAACAAUAAUAAUUUAAUUCCUGUAAAAUAUACAAAAUACAAAAAUAUUCGAAUGACCUUAAAUUAAGUCUUCUAUAUACAUACAUUUAUAAUAAUUAUGUUUAAUUAUUAAAAUUAAUUUCAUUCAUUUUUAUAUAUACAUAUAUAUAAUAUUGCACACACUGCUUUUCAACUGCAUAAGUCAUGUGAACAUGAAUCGAUUAUUAUUUAUCAGUCAAUAGUCAUGUAACGACGCCCUUAGUCACUAC